GCCAAGCGGCGUGCAAAGGCAAAAGGGAAAAGUAGAAAUCGAGACGACGAGGAGUAAGGGAGUGGACUUCAACAAUACUGCACAGUAGUGGUUCCCGCAAGGGAAACUCGGAUCAAACAACGCGCCUCUUUCCGCUUUUUGGUUUUUGAAGAGAAUACAGUAGAAGAAUUAAAACCUCUCUUUGAUUUGUUUCCUUUUUGGCUGUUUUUCCUGUGAAAGUAAAGGAAAGUGAUGGAGGCUGCCAUGGGGUUGAUGAGAAGAAUACACCCUAAGCAAUCGGAGACUGCUCUUUCUGCUCUUAUUAAUCUUCUGCCACAUCACUCCUCCGAUCUCCUCUCCCAAGUCGAUCAGGCACUCCAGGUGUUAUGCGAUGUGGAUUGUGGAAAGGAGUUCAUAUUGUGUGAAUACAACAGAGAUGCCGACUCUUACAGGUCACCGUGGUCAAAUAAAUAUCAUCCACCACUGGAAGAUGCACUAUAUCCAUCGUUGGAGUUGAGGAAACUCGAAAUUGAAGCAAAUGAAGUCUUUGCCGUCUAUCGUGACCAGUAUUAUGAAGGUGGCAUCUCAUCUGUUUACUUGUGGGAAGAUGAUGAUAAUGAAGGUUUUGUAGCAUGCUUUUUGAUAAAGAAAGAUGGCUCAAAGACAGGGCAUGGCAGAAGAGGUUACCUGCAGGAGGGAGCAUGGGAGGCCAUUCAUGUUAUUCAAGUGGGGCCAGAAGAAGAAGGAACAGCUCAUUAUUGUUUAACCAGUACUAUUAUGCUGUCUUUGACUACAAAUGAUGAAUCAUCUGGUACAUUCAGUCUCUCAGGGUCUAUUAGACGACAGAUGAACAUGGACCUAGCAAUAGCUGAUGGUCAUCUGUGUAACAUGGGAAGAAUGAUAGAAGAAAUGGAGGGUAAGCUUAGGAACUCGCUUGAUCAGGUUUAUUUUGGGAAGACAAAGGAGAUGGUUUGUACCUUACGACCCCCAGCUGAAGUAGUGAUGAGACUGCCAAACAGCUGAUCAUAUGAUGAUGGCAAUAGAAGUUGCAUUCGGUUUGUCUUGGAAAUUUGUGUUAAGAGUGUGAUUGCUGGAGGAUAUCUGUAGAUUUCCUUUGUCUCUUUACCCUCUCCAUGAGAUCUGUCUUUACUUGAGAUCAGUAUAUGUUCACAGCUUGUAUUCUUGAGGUAGCUCCCUUUGCACAGGAUAGAGAUCCUUUUUGUGCUUUUGCCAAGACUUCAUUUGAACCAGUUUUCAGUGGUUGUUGCAAUGUAUUCUGAUAUGACCAUCGCUACUGUUCCUUUGAUUCCUGCUGAGAAAUUAUUGUGAAACAAUUACAAGCUUUUCUUUGUAAAAUAGAAUUUAAAACUUCUCUUUUGCCUGCUAA